GAUUGAACUCAAUUUUAAAUCGAAUCAGGAGUUGGAAGCUUCUGGUCCACCCUCAAAUUCAAAACCGAACCAACCAACCAACCCUUUUUUAUUUUGCUCGUGUUGAUCGCAAAUCCUCAUCUCUAUUCGUGUUGCAAUCCCCACUGCGCCACUUCCAGAAAAGGCAAGGAAAAGCCUCUAAGAGAGGAACCAGCCAAAAGCAUCUUGUUGGGGUCCAGGGGAGCCUGAAAGCAAAGAAGACCUGCACCAUUGGGCCUAGCAAUGGACUACAAGAGUGAACUUGACAUCACAUUUUCACCCAAAACCUUAAGGAAUUGGGUAUAUUGGUCUGUUCCCUUAUGUUACCUUCAUCUAGCCCAUUCUUAACUAAUGUGGAACUUCAAACAAACUUGAAUUUCCAACACAUGUUUAGUUCCACAGCCUUUCCUUGUUGGCGUUGAUAGCUUUUUCCUGUGUUUGCUAUGAUAGAUCAAUAACUAGAACAUUCCAAAUAUAAUGUUAUAGCUAAUAAUAGUUUUAUAGGAGUCUGCAGAGGUUUUUCUUUUUAAAUGCUGAGUUUUUUUUUUUUUUGUAAUAAACAGUGAUCUAUAUUUUCCUUUUGUUUUGAGUUUAUUAUUCUGUCACUAGCAAAGUGAAAGUUGGUAGCGUUCUAUAUAUGUUUUUUUCAAUACCUUUUCAUCUAUUUCAAGGCAACUAGGUUUUUGAAGCUUCGGUUUUCUUCCUCUGAAUAAAUAUUAUCCACAGAUAAAUACCUUCAUUACCUUGUGUCCUGCAUGUGAGUACCUUGUGAAAUUAAGUUUUCAGGCUUUUGUUGGAGACUUGCAGUAGCAGUAGAUAUCUGUAGUACAUAUCAAAUCUCAAAAUAUUUAAGUACACUUGGCUAUUUUACUAAAAAAUUGAACUUACCCCUCCUUACAAGGCAAAAGAAUAUAUGGGUGAAAUACAGGAAUGUUUAUGGGUUUUUUCCUUGUGGAUUGAUGUUUUUUUCUAGUGCUUAGAUGUCUCCUUCAGGUGACACAAUGCCAUUAGAUUUUAAGUAUUUAUUAACCAAAAUGAAGUUCUUCCAUUUGUUUUAAUUAAUUUGAAAUUUUGUAAUUGUCAAUACAAGUGUCCAAAGAAAGUGCUUGUUAUGUUUAUAAUUUUUUAAUGUACUAUUUAUUCCUGUUUAUGGAAUAUGUCGGAAUUAUAUAGGCAUGUUAAGUUGUUGAUAUCUAAAGUCGCAUCAGUAUUUAUAAGAAAAACGAACAUCUUGAACUUCUUGAUCCAUGAUUACUAGAAACUCAAUUAUGCAUUAUGUUCUAGUGCUUUCUGUGCCUUCUCAUUUCUUUUAAAUUUAUAAACUUUCUAUGCAUUUGACAUUUCAUUUUCACCAUGAAAUUCUAUCAAGCUCUGUUUACUUUUAUGUCUUGCUCCUAAAGAGCAUCUAAAAACAAGUGACCUUUUGGGCAUUAAUUGUCAAUGUUCUGAAAUUUUAAAAUGCUGUGAGUCAUGUAUGUAGUCCUCGGUGGCAAGCAUGAUAUCCUCUUUUGGUGUGUUUACACCGUAGAUUUGAUUAAUAUGAAGUGAUGUUUUUAACGUGACAGAUACACUGUGCUACUGUAUAUUAUGUUAGAUCAUGGUCAGUAGUAGUCAUUCCUGGUGAUAAUUUGCUCUUUUUCUAGUUCCAACUAACUAUGCUAGAUUCCUAGGUUGAUGAAAUCUUCAAAACCUCAAUAUUUGUGAAAAGAUACAAGAAUCAAUUACUCUUUUCUCGUAUACAAAUUGUGUCAGGAUAAAGAGGCAGAGAAUUUCUAUUUCAUUACGUAAUCUGUUUAAUUUUGGUUGCUUGAAAUAAGGCAGAUCUUGAAUUUCAAAAUGCCUAAAGUUAGAAGAUUGAAGUCCCCGUCUACUGAUUGUAAUAGACCAUAUCCUUACCCAUCCAACUCCAAAAACAUUGAGCUGCAUAAACCUAUGAAUUUGUUGGGAUCAGCUGAUGAAAUGAAAGAAUGGGAGCAGGCUAGAUGUCCUAUUUGCAUGGAAACCCCCCAUAAUGGUGUUCUUUUGAAAUGUUCUUCCUAUGAGAAGGGUUGUCUUCCUUACAUGUGCAAUACCAGUUACCGCCACUCCAACUGCCUUGACCAGUUUUGUAAGUCCUUUGCUUCUCAUCUCUCAUCAGAAGUACUGCAAGAAAUUCCUGUCACAGGCAGACUCUCUCAUAGUAGAGAAAUUCAGUCAGAGUCUCGGCACCCCACUCAAUGUGGGAGCGAGUUACAACCAAAGCUCAUUUGCCCUCUUUGCCGUGGAGAAAUAUAUGGAUAUAUGGUUUUGGAGCCUGCUCGAAGGUAUAUGAAUUCUAAAUUAAGGAGUUGUUCUUCCGAAACAUGUGAAUUCCAGGGGACAUAUCCAGAACUCAGGAAGCAUGCUAGGUCUGAACAUCCUUCUGUUCGACCAUCAGAGGUGGAUCCCUCGCGACAGUGUGAUUGGAUAAGGAUGGAACAAGAAUGGGGCUUGGAAGAUCUUUUUAGCUCAAUCCAUGCAAGUUCUGAUGCAGAUUACAAUAGAGAUACCAUUUUGACUGGGGGUCUUGCUGACUUGAUGUCCUCGUUCUUGUAUGAAAUAUUUAUCUCUAUUGAAGAUGUUAACCGUAUGGCUAGUUUGUUGACUAAUUCAAGACACAGAGUGCCAUUAUAUGACAGAAGGUCUGGAACAACACACAGGGUAUCAAAUGAUACACAGACAAAUCAAUCAGCUCGAUGGAGAUCCAAUUUACCUUCAAUGCAUCAACUGGAGAGAAUUGCUAGGAGUAGAGUGAGAACCAAUUUUCCAUAUUUAUCAUCCCGUGAUCUUGAGGUAGAGGCAAAUCGUACGGCUAGAUGGAGAACAAAUAUGUCGUCUUUUAGAAUGCCUCGCAAUGAGCAUCAGUUUUAUAGAGACCUCAGUGCAGAGGUCACAUCUUCAACAAGGAUGCCUCGGGCCUCACAAGGUGCUCAAACUAAUCCCCAGAGCAACAUUUCUUCAUCUGGAAGUGGAAGGUUUCCUGGUCGUCAAUUACGCUGGCGUGAUCAAAGAUGGUCGACUAACAACCACCAAUGAUGAAUGGCAAUAGAUACUUCUGUUUCAUAUAAUUACAAAUGUUUACUUCUGCUAUCCAUUAUGUGGAUACUUCAAACUAUAAUUUAACUUCGUUUUAUUGGAGGAUUUGGUUCAAUGCAAUCGUUUUAUUUGAAUUUAA